CUAAACACAUCAUGGAUUAGAAGGUAUUAAGCUAGUUUCCAUUUUAGAAUACACCUAAAAUUUCCCCAUGGUCCAAAGUUGUGUAUGUACUUAAAUGAGAAAUUAACUCCAAGGUUAAGAUUUAAUCUAGGUCUUCCCAAGUUGAUUAAGGUUUUGGAAACAAUAAAAGAGUAAUUCCUAGUUUGCCCAGCUUCGGCUUUAUCUACUACCCUAUAAUUUUAACAUCUAAUAACGACAUCGUUAAAAGAGGAAGACGAUCAAUUUAUUAACGAUUAAGAUUACUUUGUAAAUUCAACGGAAAAGUAAAGGUCUAUAACAUUGAACAAUCAUUAUAGUUGAGUUGAUGAGUGAUUUUUUUUUCUCCAUAGUUGAUGAGUGCGAUUACUUAAGUUGUUAGUGAUUAAUUUUUUAGUGCAAAGUUGUUGUUCACAAAAAUAUUAUCCUACAAAUCCACACUACUACGAUGUUUCAAUUGAAAGUUAUCGUGAAAAUAACUUUGUAGUCAAUUUAUUGUCGAUCUUAAUGAAUUAAUAAUUACGAAAUCAUUUUUAAGUAUUAAAUAUUUAUAUGUAUUCAUGUUUUUGUGUUCUGAAUACUUCUGAUAAUGAAUCCGAUAAACGCAUAAAGAAAAGGAUUUUUAUUUUGCGAUUUCCACAUUUUCUGACCGUGACCCUCCUUCAAUCUACAUUUUCCACAUCACCCACCCCGCUUAAUAAAGAGACUAAUUAAAUAAAAAUAACUAAAGGAAGAAUAAUAUUAAAAAAGGGGAAGUCCUCUCCGCCUCUCCCUUUCGUUUUCUUUUCUUGCCUUUUAUAUUUUUUUCUCCCUUCAUUUCUCUCUUCCCAGAAUCUUCUCUCUCUCUCAAAAGAGGAAAAAAUCAGAAUCCGUCCAACCCAGAAACCAAAGGCUUUUCUCUUCUUUGCUUCCUCCUUUUCAUGGAGUUUGUUUGAUCGGGAAAUCCACGCGAAGCUGCCGCUGCCGCCGCCGCCUGCAUUAUAUUCCCUCCACCAGUGAUUCCGAUUUGCUUUUACCUUUUCCUCCACCGCCAUCGCUCUUCCCCGAGCACAGAAGAAAUAACGACAAGCAAGAAGACAAAGAAGCGGAUAUCUCUCAGAUAGCCGACGAAAGAAAUCGGGAGUAAAGAAAGGAGAAGAAGAAUUUGCUCUGCCGCCGGAGUCAUGAGACCGAUUCAGCCUCCACCAGGUACCGCCGCCACCGUUGCGGCUGUUCCAUCUAUGUCUAAUCAGAAAGCUCGCAGGCGUCCUAACCUAAGCCUGCCUCUCCCGCUUCGGGAGUCCAAGAUCGCCGUCCCGCUCCCUCUCCCGCCGCUUACCGCCUCCGCGACGUCCACCAGCAGCCAGCAGCAGCAGCAGCAGGCGACGACGCACCAGGUAAUCGGUUUCUCCGAGCUCGACCGGAUCAACCGGAUUGGGAGCGGCAGCGGGGGAACCGUCUACAAGGUGAUUCACAGGCUCAGCGGGAGGGUUUUCGCGCUCAAGGUGAUCUACGGGAACCACGAGGACUCCGUCCGGAACCAGAUCUGCAGGGAGAUCCAGAUUCUCCGAGACGUCAGCCACUCCAACGUCGUCAGGUGCCACGAUAUGUACGAUCACAACGGCGAGAUCCAGGUCCUGCUCGAGUUCAUGGACGGCGGAGCGCUCGAGGGGGCUCACAUCGCUAAAGAGGACGAUUUGGCGCACGUCGCGCGCCAAAUCUUGAGCGGAAUUGCUUACCUCCACCGUCGGAAGAUCGUCCACCGCGACAUCAAGCCUUCCAAUCUGCUGAUCAAUUCCAACAAGCACGUCAAGAUUGCCGAUUUCGGGGUGAGCAGGGUGCUGGCCCAGACCAUGGACCCUUGCAACUCCUCCGUGGGAACCAUUGCUUACAUGAGUCCGGAGAGGAUCAACACGGACUUGAAUCACGGCCAGUACGACGGUUACGCUGGGGACAUAUGGAGCUUGGGGGUGAGCAUAUUGGAGUUCUACUUGGGGAGGUUCCCAUUUGCGGUGGGCAGGGGAGGCGACUGGGCAAGCUUGAUGUGUGCUAUUUGUAUGUCGCAGCCGCCGGAGGCUCCCGUUACUGCUUCCAGGGAGUUCAGGGAUUUCAUUGCUUGUUGUUUGCAGAGGGAACCAGGGAGGAGGUGGACGGCAGUGCAGUUGUUGAAUCAUCCUUUCAUUGCGAGGGGCAAUGGAGGCCAAAGAGAUGGGAGCCAGAACCUGCAUCAAUUACUGCCUCCUCCACGCCCGCUCUCAUCCUAGUAUUGGCUUCACCAACCCAACUUUUCUUGAUACCGGUUAUCCUUCUUGAUCAUUUUGGGGUUUACCUUCGUCUUGCUCGUAUUAUCAGGGAAAUUUUUCUUUCCAAUUGCCAUUUUUACUCCUAUUCUGUAAUUUUUGAUAUGGUGGGUCGGAUUUGAUUUUUAGGAGGACAUGGUUGGAAAUGAAUGGUCGAGCUUUAAUGUUGUGUUAGAUGGAUCGACUUUGAAUCAGAAUCAAAUCAGUUCAUGAUUACAAUGUAUGUUUACCAUGAAAAGUAAAAAGGAAACUGAACUUUCUGCUAUGAUUGCCACCUGAAUUAUGCUUUUGCUAGUUAUGUAUGCUUUCUGUUUCGAGUUUCAUUGUGCCUUUCUGUUUCAUGGGGUUAUUUCUGGCAAAUUUUGGAUAGUAAGUGUUACCAUUUUAGUUACACGUUUAGGAUGGCAUAUUUAAGGGGAGAUUCAAAUAACAGCUGCUCUACUACUUUUGGGUCAUUCUUAUCAGUAUUAGAGUACAUACAUGGAUCUAAUUCUAGUUUCCCUCUUCUGAAGAGUGAUCUUUGUACUCAAUUGCUUCUGUUAUCGUUCGUGUGGCUAGUCUGAUUCUAUUCUUGAACUCUUGUAGGAGCAAAAUUGUUAGAUCCAGUCUGCAUCUAUAUCCUGACCAUGAUGUUUGAUAAUCUAUAUGUCCUCAGUGGGUUCAUAACAUUACUCAAACCUUAAGUGUGUAGUGUGGAGGAUUUGCCUUUGCCCUGUGUUUAAAUGGUUAGUUUCAUCUGCUGCAAUUUGGUCAUUUAGAUUGGAUUUUGUUUGGAUUUUGUUAGGAUUAUAGGUCAUUUAGAUUCAUGCCGUGUGUGCAAUGGUAGUUGAUGUGGAACUACAUCUGUUCUUACGUAUAUGGCUGUAAAUGGUAACUGUCAACUCAUGUGAUGAUGCUACAAUUUGGUCAUUUAUAGAUACCGGCGCCGGCCUCAAUGUUGGUGGUAGUCAAUCAUGCAUGCAAUUUUUUUGCUGGGUAGAUGUGUGCUUCUGCUUCUGGUUUAUUUCCCCUUCUGAAGAGGGUGAGAAUUUUAGGUUGAAGAACAUGAGACAAAUAAGUCACUAACUAAAAUGUUCUGUGCUGUGCCUCAUUCUGAGAUUAAAGCUUUUGCGAUCUG